UUCAAAUAACCCUAACAACUUCAAGAUCAGCAUGAAUCCAAAUAGUCUUGACAGGCUUAUUUUUUUAUUCUGAAAAUAUUUGAAAGGUAAUUUCCUGUUCCUGGUCGCAUGUAUGUUGAUCAUCGUAUGGCUCUCUUAACGUCACGUCACGGUAACAAAAAUUAACACAUUUUAGUACCAAUGGGAGGCAAAAAUAAACAGCGAACGAAAGGAAACGUUCGGCCGUCCAGUAGCGGCAGGGCUGCUGAAGUAUUGACCCGGGAAGGUGGCGCCAUCCCAGGUUUUGUUGGCUUCGACACCACGCUCACGUCGGAGUUGAGCUAUGUCCCUGCUUUGCAUGGCGCCGAGGAGAUUGACAACCUGGUCGAUGCAGACUUCAGACUAGUGCUUAGGAAACUGUCCAAGAGGGAUGUUGUCACCAGACUUAAAGCUGUACAGGAUUUUGGAUCCAUGUGUCAAGAGAGGGAUGCUGAGGAUGUUAAAGGGGUCCUUCCGUAUUGGCCUAGGAUUUACUGCAAGAUUUCAGUGGACCACGAUCGUCGCAUCAGGGAGGCCACACAGCUUGCCUUAGAGCAGCUUGUGCUGAAAGUGCGUCGCAGCUUGGCUCCCUUUCUGAAGAGCCUGAUGGGCCACUGGAUUCUUUCCCAGUGUGACACGUACACGCCCGCAGCCUCUGCCGCACGCCGAGCCUUCCAGGCUGCCUUCUCAACCGCCAAACAGCCAGAGGCCCUCAGCUUUUGCAGAGAUGAGAUCCUUAAUGUACUUCAAGAUGUUUUAUUAAAAGAUACUGCAGACACACUCAGCGAUCCUCAAAGUGUGACUGAGGAGGAGCGAGAAGCCAAAUACAUGCGCAUGCUGACCAGUUCUCUGCUGGGGGUGAAAAGACUGCUCUCUCUGCUGCCCCAGAAUGACAUGAUGGCCAUGGAGCAGAGACUCGCUCUUCUUAUGAGCCCCGCAAAGUUCUGGAAGUACAGCAGACACAAGGCACCGCAGGUCAGAGGGGCGUUCUUUGAGAUGCUGUGCGCUGUGUGUGAGUUAACACCAGAGCUCGCCCAGGCAGAAGCGGCACGUCUCUGCCCGGCUGUCCUCCUCAGCAUAGACGACACAGAUCCUUUGGUGCUGCCCGCCGUAUGGGAGGCAGUUCUUCAUGUUGUGUCCCGCUUACCUGAAUGUUGGACACAUGUGAAUGCUAAGAAAGGCUUUUUGCCAAAACUGUGGGCUCUGUUAAAAGAAGGGGGCAAAGGCAUGGCGAAAGCCCUCCACCCUAAUUUGAUGCCAUUCCUCAGUAAACUGCCACAACAGGUCACCAAUCCAGCCUUGGACUUCUACACCACCUUUUUUACCUCACUCAUACUUGGUAUUUCCAGUGAGCGCGCCGCCAGUAGCCCCUCAGAGAGCGCCGUCAUUGUGACUUCCAUCGUAGAGUGCCUGAGAUUCUGCAUCAUUCGCCAUGCAGCAGAGGAUGAGGAGAGUCAUCAGCGCAAAAUAUGCUCGAUGCUUAUUUCACAGCAGCUUUUGCCGCUUCUCGAAAUGGCUCUUGAGAACCCUACACUACAGAAUGGUCCCCUUUUCCUCCUGGUUACUGAAAUGCUCGUUUCCUGGGAGAAGAGGGCUGGCCCUGAAUCCAAAGACAGCAAGGAUGUCUUUCAUGGACUUGUGGCAGACUUCUGGGAGGAGCUUGGCCUUGUGUUCAUUCGCCAUGCAGACAAUGGGGAGGCGAAUCCACAAGCUUUAGAGGGGAUUUCAGCCUUACUGCAGGUGAUGCGCUACCCGGGGAGAGUAAACAGAAGGCACGCACAGAAGAAAAAGUCUGUCAAGAUUUGUUUAUCCGAGUCUGGAGACGAAGACGGUGACGGUGUGGAGGUGAAGCAGACAGAGCUUGUGGCUGCUACUGCGUGCAGCUCCCCGCAGACCUGCCAUUUUGAGAAAGUAGUGCGCCAGCUGGUGCAGCUGUGCCUGGUGCAUGUGAACGAGAGAUGCUCGGAAAGACAUCUUGUAUUCCUCUCGCUUCUACUGCAGUCUUUUCACACCAGCAAUAUCUUCACUACACUGGUCGAACUGGACGACAAGGGCGAGGGCACUGUGAGCAAUCCGGCCGUGCGUUUCCUGCUGGAGCGAGUGGUGCCGUGGCUGGCCGACAAGGAACGGAUGGAAACGGAGCACCUGGUGGAGAUGGUCUUCAGCUCGCUGACUUGCUGUAGCCAACAGGAGACCACCCGCAUCCUCAACCACAUCACCACGAUGGGACUGCACUGCGGAAUCACUCUCCAAAUCAUCCAGCGCGCGUGCGUCGACCAUGACACCCUUGCCAGUUGUAGAGACUGGCUCAAAGGUUCAGUCCUGGGUGAGCAUCUCCUGGGAUUAACUCAGGAGAUCUGCAAGGUCAGACCCAGCCGCUCAGGCUCUGCUUCUCCCACCAACCGCCCUAGCUGGACCCUCAUCAGCCUAGUUCUCUCUCAGCACCACAACAACGAACCUCUGAUUGGGGAGGUGUACAUGGAGAAGAUCUUGGAGAAGCUGCAUGCCACGCUGUCAGAGACCAAAAGCCUAUCGGACGCAGGCAACAUGGAGCCGCUUGUCUCCUUCAUCUGUGACGUGGCCUCCACCUUCUUCUCGUCUGUACAAGAUUGCCUACUACUACCAUCUGCCGAGGACCUCCUGCUCACCGUCUUCCAGCUCAUUUCCCAAGACCAAACGCACACUUACCUAUCAGAUUCGCUCUUGGAUAAAAUGGGGAAGGUGUGCGUUGCUGGGAUUAAGUCGUUGGUGCAAAACUCUGAGUAUGAGGUGAAGGAAGGUGGCUUUCUGCACAGUGCCGCCCUUUGGGUGAAAAGCAGACUACUUACUGUGUCUCUGGAUGUCAAAAGUUUGCAGUAUGUAGUUAUGGCUGUACAAAGCGUAGUGGAGACCAUCACCUCUGUCUGCGAUCAAGAUUCCACCGUCCUCACCCAAUUCUUUACACACUUGAUGCCCAGUGUUACUGGAUGGACCAAACUCAGACAGGCCUUGCCUUCCUACUGGGUCAAGACCCCAUUGCUGACGAGCCGUUAUAGGGGAGUUUGCGACACGCCCUCUGUGGACAUGUGGAAAUUGAAAAUGUCAGAUAUAUUGCCAGGCCACUUGUGUGCAUGUGCGCUGCUAGGAAAGGUGGCACGCACCACCACCCUUUCUUACUCAAAGAACAAUAAAUGCCAGCCGCAUUUGCCUCAUCUCAUACACACAGUUGCAGAGUUGCUAUAUGCGCUGCAGUGGUGUAAGGAAGUGGAGUACACCCCGGCCAUUGUGUCCACCUAUCACAGCCUGCUCACUGAGUGGGGGCUGUCGGAAGGUUUGCAGGGCUUGUUUGCAACCGGAGACCUGUUGGAGACACUCUAUUCAAGAUGUGUUGAGCUGGGCGGUCUGUGGUCUUUGACACUAGAAAACUACAUCCAUCCCAAUAACUUGGCAUAUACUCUAAGUGCCAGCCUGAGCAAGCUGUACAGCCCUGUUGAUAGUUUAUUGCCAGUGACGCAGAGCAAACUCAGCACGCUCCAGGUGCUCUGUCCCACCUUGAGCCAGGAAGACCGAGAAACUCUGGUCACCCUGGCCACUGCGGGAAUCAUCAACUGGGAAGAGGAUGAUGAUGUGUACGGGUGUGUGGCGGUGCUUCUGUGUUGUCUCCAAGCUGACACACAAGUGGAAGAGGAGGUAGUGCAGGCUGUUCUGGCCACCAUGAUGGAGUGGAGGAACCGUAAGGAAGACUGGUUCCUCUUCGGCAGUGACCUGUCUAAAGCAACUACACAACAGUUAAACCUGACAUUGGAGCUGAUGCGCUUCCUGUCCUGGCUGGUGAAACACUGGCCGACAGUUCUCAACAGUAGCCAGUGGGAUUUCCUACUCUGUGCUAUGUUGGCGUGGUUGGAGACUGUCAGCGAGAAUGUGAGCAGCCUGUGGAAUCCAUGGGUGCAGUUGUUUGCGUGCGAAAGCGCCUCCCUGGUCGUGAAACUGAGCCAGUUCUUUGCAUCGUCUCCGCCUGAUGUCCUGGAGAAGCUGCCAGCGGAACUGGAGGGGGAAUGGAGAGACUUCUUUUUGGACGGAAUCUACAACCUGCUGCUACCCAUGCCUGUCAAGAUCACGGAGGCCUUCAAAGAGCCAGAUGACCCCAUCUUUCCUCUGGCUGUGCUGCAGUCACUCGGUGUGGUGCUGAGCCAUGUGCCGCCGCAGCAGCUGAACCAAAACAACCUGCCGGCAAAAUUCAUAGCGGACCAGAAGACGAACCUCCCGCAGCCUCUUCAGACGCUCCUCAACACUUUCUGUCCUCUGCUGCUGUUCAAGGCCAGGCCUCUACAAGUCACCGUCUAUCACUUAUUGGCAAAGGUCAUGCCUCAGCUGCCUGAAUGUGACGGGGAAGGAGACGGCAACAAGUCAGAAGACGAGGGAGAUGAGACAAGCCUUUCUCCUCCGGCUGCUCUGAUGGCCGUGUUGUCAACCUGCGAGGAGUUGUGCGACAGCAUCCUGGCAGGACUUCAAGUAGGAGAGUUUGCCCUGGUCUCACCUCAUAGUGUGGAGUUCUCUUGCAUCCUGGGCUACCUGCUAGCCUGGAAGCUGCUUCUUACCUUUUUCAAGUCCUCGCCCUCACAUCUGCGCGCCCAUUACGCCCAGUAUCUCAAGAAAACCUGCUCCCUCAACAAGCUCCUUCUCCACCUUUUCAAACUGAUGCCUGAGAACCCCAUCUACCUGGGCCAAGGACCAGAACCUCGAGACUCCAAAACCUUCUUCACAGAGAGUCUCACUCUGGCGGUUGACAAAAGGGAUAACAUUGAAUGGGAGCUCCCCCACCUGGCGUGCAGCGUGUACUACAGCACAGUCCAGGACCUGCCCGCCAUGGUGCGACUGUGGUGGAAUAGUCAGGAAAAGCGCGUGAGCGGCGCUGUGGAGAAGUUCACCACCAAACACGUGAGCCCAGUUCUCUCGGCGGCGGAGAUCUCAUCUGUCCACGGCAGCAUGCAAAUGUUUGACAGCAUGACGGUAAAAGCUCGCUCUGCUGCCAGGGAGGUGAUCGCCACCUAUUCUGUGGAUGAUAUUUUUAUCGAGCUGGUGAUUCAGCUGCCACAAAACUACCCUCUGGGCUCCAUCGUGGUGGAGAGUGGUAGGCGGGUGGGCGUCUCUGUGCAGCAGUGGAGGAACUGGAUGCUGCAGCUCAGCACCUACCUCACGCAUCAGAAUGGCAGCAUAAUGGAGGGCCUGGCACUGUGGAAGAACAAUGUGGACAAGCGUUUUGAGGGAAUAGAGGACUGUAUGAUCUGCUUCUCGGUUAUCCACGGCUCCAACUACUCGCUGCCCAAGAAGGCUUGUCGCACUUGCAAGAAGAAAUUCCACUCUGCAUGCUUGUACAAAUGGUUCACAUCCAGCAACAAGUCCACUUGUCCACUGUGCAGGGAGACCUUCUUCUAAUGGACAGCCUCUAUCUAUUCUGAUUAUUACUAGCUGAUCAUCAUGGUGGGAGUUCACUCUUGACACCCCUUUUUGACCAAAAAUUAGGUUUGUAUGGUAAUGCAAAAUUGUUUAUCUCUUUGCUCAUCUCUCUGUGAGUCGUCACACACAAAAAGUGUAUAUAUUGAUGUGAAAAAGUGUUUGCCCCCUUCCGGAUUUCUUAUUUUUUUUGCAUGUUUGUCACACUUAACCGUUUCAGAUUAUCAAACAUAUAUUAGUCAGUGACAACACAACUGAACAUAAAAUGCAGUUUUUAAAUGAAAUUGUUAUUUUUAGUAAGGGAGAAAAAAAAUCCAAACCUACAUGGCCCUGUGUGAAAAAGUGAUUGCCACCUAAACCUAAUAACUGGUUGGGCCACCCUUAGCAGCAACAACUGCAAUCAGGCGUUUGCCAUAACUUGCAAUGAGUCUCUUACAGCGCUGUGGAGGAAUUUUGGCCCACUCAUCUUUGCAGAAUUGUUGUAAUUCAGCCACACUGGAGGAGUUUUCCAGCCUUUUUAAGGUCAUGCCACGGGAUCUUAAUAGGAUUCAGGUCAGGACUUUGACUAGGCCACUCCAAAAUCUUCAUUUUGUUCUUCCUCAGCCAUUCAGAGGUGGACUUGCAGGUUAGUUUUGGAUCAUUGUCCUGCUGCAGAACCCAAGUUGGUUUGAGCUUGAAGUCAUGAACAGAUGGCCGGGUAUUCUCCUUCAGGAUUUGUUGGUAAACAGCAGAAUUCAUGGUUCCAUUUAUCACAGCAAGUCUUCCAGGUCUUGAAGCAGCAAAACAGCCCCAGACCAUCACACUACCACCACUAGAUUUUACUGUUGGUAUGAUGUUCUUUUUCUGAAAUGCGCCAUUACUUUUAUGCCAGAUGUAAUGUUAAAAUUUUGUCUCGUCAGACCACAGAGUAUUUUCCCAAAGGUCUCAGGGAUCAUGAAGAUGUUUUCUGGCAAAAUUGAAAUGAGCCUUAUUGUUCUUUUUGUUCAGUAGUGUUUUUCGUCUUUGAACUCUGCCAUGCAGGCCGUGUUAGCCCAGUGUCUUUAUGUUGUUGUGGGGUCUUUUGUGACCUCUUGGAUGAGUCUUCACUGAGCUCUUGGACUAAUUUUGGUUGGCCGGCCUCUCCUGGGAAGGUUUACCACUGUCCCAUGUUUUCAUCAUCAUCAUGUUUUCAUCAAGCAAUCACUUUUUAACACAGGGCAGAGUAGGUUUUGACUUUUUUCUCCCUUAAGAACAAGUUCCAUUUAAAAACUGCAUUUUGUGUUCAGUUGUGUUUUCAUUGACUAAUAUUUAAAUUUGUUUGAUCUAAAACAAAAGUAAAAGUGUCACAAACAUGCAAAAAAAAAAAAGAAAUCGGGAAGGGCGCAAACACUUGUAUGUGUGAACUCAAUCAUUUUACACACUGAAAGAAGAGUUUACAGUGUAGUAUCCAAUCAAGGUUAUAUAUAGAUAAUUUUCCUAAUAUUUAGGAGUGUAAACACAUGAAUGCGACACAAACAGGUCUAAGACUUCAUCUUUGUAGAUGAUUUUAAUUUGAAAUCGCAAAUAUCCAGCCUGAAUGAUUCUUCCUAUGACGUCUGAUUGCAGCUGAACAUCAUGCUGGGAUAAGAGAGAAUAAAAUGCAGUUGGAUGGAUAUUUAAUUGGGUCAUUUGUUUGUGGUGUAAUUAUUCCAAAUUCAUAACGAUCGGCUCUUUAAAGAGAUGUGAAAAUUGUUAUUUUUGGUGUCUUAUGAAACACUCCCCAGUAACAUUAGCACAGUGGUUCACAGCACGUCAGAAAUAUUUGACUUUGUAUUUGUAUAAAUUAUUAAAUCAUUAAAUUGUUUGACAUUU